UAAAAAUCUGUGAUGAAAAAAUUCCACAAAAAAUUCAAAUUUUUUUAAAUAUUCCAAAAAAAAGUAAAUAUAAAAAUUUCUACUUUUAUUAUAAACUAGCAAAAUUUAAAAAAAAACAUUUAGACUAAGAAAAGUUCUGUUAUCCAACACUUUUCACAUACGAUUAACCUUAAUUCUUUUCACAUUAUAAGAAAAAGUUAAAAUUUUACCUCCAAUUAGUCGUAAAACUUUAACUUUGAAUCUCAAUAUAUUAUCAAUUUAUAUCAUUAUUAAUUAUUUAAUCGAUAAUUUAUAAAUCGAAUAUUUUUAAUCAUAAAAUAUGCUUAAGUUUCAUAAAUAUGUAUAUAAAGAUGUACAAAUUAGGAAACAAGAAAUCAAUGGAAGUAAUAUUUUCCUUUGAAAAAAUUUUACUUCCAAAUUGACCUACGACGAAAAAAAAAAGAAAACAAGGAAAAAAUGAAAAAUUAUUAAAAAUAUUUAUAAAACAAUAUUUAAACUUUGACUUGUCAAUUAAAACUGCUAAUUCAACGUCUUCACAGCUGACCUUGGCAAUUUUUAUUAAAGAUGAAAAAAUAUUGACUCGAGUUUCAAUUCAAAUGGAAAUUGUAAAUAAAUAAACAUGUAAAAUUAAACAUCAAGGUCUGUUUUAAAUAAGCUUACAGGAAAAUCCGUCCGUGGCGCAAUUUGCGUCAGUAACAUUUGGGCAUAUGGCGCGGCUUCUCUAUAACUAAAUAUAUACUUUUACUCUUUACAAAGGAAAAAGUAUCAUCACUCAUUUUAUAAAAUAUAUAAAAACAACAAUUUCAAAUGAGAACACAGUUAACAUUUAUAACACGACUUGAAUGAAACCGCGAGUACCUUAAACUGUAAAAAAUUACUAUCAUGUAUUUUGUGAAAAGAACUAUUGUAUUUAUAUUUUUGUUAAUAAAUGCUAGUCAAAAUUUAAGUUUCGCUGAUGAUUCGCCGCCGUUACCUGUUGUUCUUUGGCAUGGAAUGGGCGACAGUUGCUGUUUUUCCUUUAGUUUGGGUGCAAUUAAGAACAUCAUAGAAAACGAAAUACCAGGAGUUCAAGUGAUUUCCAUUCGAAUUGGAAAAGAUACCGUGGAGGAUGUAAUGAACGGCUUUUUCAAAAAUGCUAAUCAUCAAAUCGAAGAGGUUUGCAAUUUGCUGGCAAACGAAGAUUCGUUGAAAAAUGGAUAUAACGCGAUUGGAUUUUCACAGGGGUCACAAUUUUUGAGAGCUGUGGCCCAAAGAUGUCCCCAACCUCAAAUGCAAAAUUUGAUUUCAAUUGGUGGUCAACAUCAGGGAGUUUACGGUCUGCCCAGAUGCCCUUCCCUCGAUCAUGGACUUUGCAAUCGUCUCAGACAAAUUUUAAACCAUGCAGCCUACUAUCAAUUUGUGCAAAACAAUUUUGUUCAAGCCGAAUAUUGGCACGAUCCUCUUCAGGAAGAUGAAUACAAAAAGUACAGCAUUUUCCUAGCUGACAUUAACAAUGAACGAACAUUAAAUCAGACCUACAAGGAUAAUUUGCAGAAAUUGAAGAAAUUGGUCUUAAUCAAAUUCACUGAAGACUCAAUGGUUCAACCGCAUGAAACAGAAUGGUUUGGAUUUUAUCAACCGGGACAAUCUGAAAAGACGCAAAGUCUUCAAGAAAGUGAUUUGUACAAAGAGGAUCGUCUUGGAUUAAAGCAGAUGGAUGAAGAUGGAAAGAUAGAUUUUCUCCAAGUGCAUGGCGAUCAUUUGCAAUUCACCGCUGAUUGGUUUAUAGACAACAUUAUUCAAAAAUAUCUCAAGUAAACAGAUCUAUAUUUAUAUCCAAAAAAAAUUAUAUAUACUCAAAAUCAACUGUCUGAAAUUAGAAUUUAAAUACUUCAUUUUAUAUUAUCGUUUGUAGAUAUAAGUACAGAAAAUAGUUUAUAUUUUUCUUUACAUUACGACCAAAAAAACAUUGUAAUUUUCUAUAUAUGUAUCUUUUUAGUCAAUAAAAUGCGCUUAAUUAUUUUGUAAA